AUGAUCUAUGCGAUGCUUCACGUGAAUUCAUCAUUGAGCAUCGAACGCAAAUCAGCGACUCCAGGCAUCUAUAUCAUUGUAUGGGUUCGGGGAGACAAUGAAAUCGCUAUUGGCCUUGAUAAAGAAGAUGCCGAACACAUGGCUCACAGGACGUUAUUGCCCGACCUUAAGAGGUGCUCUUUCUUGGGCGUCAGGGAGACAAGGUAUGCCUAUACGAACGCAAUACUGUUGUAUUCCGGAUACUGCGACGCCUAG